UAUCCUUCAUUUAACUUCUAAAAUUUGGGGAUUUUUCGGUUUAGGGUUUGUUUUUGGUUUCUUUUAGGGAAGAUUCUUGAGGGUGAUCAGGGUUAGGGUUUCCCAUUGGAGUAAAGUGAAGUAAAACGUCACACAAUAUGAAGCAGCCACCGCAAAUGGUUCCAGUGAUGCCUUCAUUUCCGGCCAAUAAUAUCACCACCGAGCAAAUUCAGAAGUACCUUGAUGAGAACAAGUAGUUUAUUUUGGCAAUUAUGGACAAUCAGAAUCUUGGAAAACUUGCUGAAUGUGCCCAGUAUCAAGCUCAGCUGAAAAGAAUUUGAUGUACUUAGCUGCUAUUGCGGAUGCUCAACCACAAACAACGCCAACAAGUACAAUGCCUCCUCAGAUGGCACCAAAUCCUGCAAUGCAGCCAGGAGGAUAUUUUAUGCAACAUCCUGAGGCUGCUGCAAUGGUGCAGCAAGCUGGUAUUUCCCCCCAAAAAGUGCCAUGGCAAUUCAAUAGCCCACAUCAAAUGCAGGAUCCACAGCAGCAUCAACAAGCUAUGCAAGGACAAAUGGGAAUCAGACCUGGAGGGCCGAAUAAUGGCAUUCAUCCCAUGUAUGCUAAGGCUAGUCUUGGAGGUGGCAGCAGUGGUGGUGUCUCCCCAGCUUCGGGCCAAAAUGAUGGACGUGCUGGAAACAAGCAAGAUGACUCUGAAGCUGGUGCUGAUGGACAGGGCAGCACAGCUGGUGGGUAUGGUGGUGGUGAUGGAGCAGAGGAGGCAAAGUGACUGCCCAAAUCAGUUGUUUUGACUGGAUACUGGUGAGUGUGUACAGUAGAUGGCUCUAGUGAUCUCAGUCAACGGUUUUAGAAUUAAAAGCUUCUCUCGUUUCUCUUCAACUGUUUUGGUAGUUAGCUUUGUUUGAGGUUCGUGGCAUAUGCCAAUGAAUAAAGAGCAAGGGGUAAGACGACGGAAAAGCUUUCCCGUAUCUAUUUUGUGAUCCAACUGAAGUUUUCCAUGGUUGUGUAAAAACCUGUGUAAUAUUAUAAGAUAGAAGAGGGGAAACAAUCAAACAAAUUUUAAUGUAAGAGAAAUGAAAACACCUAUGAUUCUCCAGGAA